AUGGUAGAAGAUAGCGGAUCUAGCACUGAUAAUCCAUCUCAGCCGAGAGAUGCCUCUGACCAGGAGAGACAGUUGCAAGACGAGGCAGUACGCGUACAGAGGGGCCUUUGUGUCAUGCAAGAGGUUGUGAAAGCUCAAAUAGAAGGAAAGAGAUUUGUCGUACAGUGGAAUAAGAAAGGACAAGCUGUACGGUCAAAUAAAUUUAUUAGCUAUAUUGGAGUAGUAGCACGAAGCACUGUACCCAUUACAGUGCAGCACUGGAAGAGGGUUGAUUGUUCAGUGCGAGACGCUAUUUGGACAGAUGUAUCAGAUCCUUCCAUAGCUGACGAGUCUGAGGUUCCUAGCUUGAUACAGGACUCGGUCAAACCAGAGGAUUGGGCUGCUUUUGUGACGUCAUGUCGUGAUAGUCAAUUUCAAGAAUUAAGUACCCAAAAUAAGAAAAGGGUAAAGAAUGAAUAUCCCUACCAAAAGGGGCGCUUGGGUUAUGCGGUCCUAGAGCAAAAUAAAGAUGGCCAAAUUGAUAAUCCUCGCAUUAAGGAGGUCGUGGACAGGAUGAACCCCAAGGCAAAUGACAAAAAAGCUCUCGUCACAUAUUCUGCAGAUGACCAGGAUAUAUUGAGGAGGGCAUUAGGGACUCCUGACCAUCCUGGUCUUCUUAAAGGUGUCAGUUAUGGAGUCACCAAGAGGGAUUACUUCAGGUACCGACAAAAACCCUCUUUAUCAUGCACGCCUUCUUCUGCUAAGUUCAUGGAGCUGAAGGAAGAAACAUGCUGGUUAAAGGAGCAAGUUAAAGCACAAGCACUCCAAAUCGAGCAGCUGAUCAAGAAUCAAGCACCAUAG